AUGGCUAGGAAAGUUUAUGAAGAAUUCGUAGACUAUAGUAAUAACAACAGUGAUGUCUCAAAUGUUGAAAACCCGGUUGUUUCCUCAAAAUGGAAUGAUAAUCACAAUAAUUUUAAUAAGCAGUUGUCCAAUUAUGAUACUUUGAAUUCGAAUAGUGAGUUUGAUGACUCUAUGUCAAGUAACUUAAGGGGAGUUAAUAGAUAUUUCAAUCGUCAUAGUAAUAACAAUAAUAAUAACAAUAAUAAUAGCGGUGAUGAUAUUGACGAAAAUAGUCAUUUUUUCUUGAAUGAUAAUCAUAAUCAAAUGAACUAUUCACAUGAUGGAAAAUCAACAAAUUUGUCUUACUCUUCGUUUUUUUCUGACCGUCAAUUACAGUCUCCAAUGCGCAAUUCAAAGUUUUAUACAGAUAACAACAAUACGUAUUCACAGAGUGAUCAAAGUCUCGAUCUACUGAAUGAGAAUGAGGAGCAGGAUAGUGGUAGUAAUAGUAGUGUCACUAUUCAUAGCAGUACGCGACUGAGCCACGAUCCAUUUGAUACAGUACAGCAACGUCACAAAUCCUCGAACAGAACCACUAUGGAUGACCCAGAAUUUUUAUCAUAUUUGAGGAAAGGUCAAAGGAGAGACAACUUAAAACAUGGUAACCCUAAUCUGACACGAAAUAGUCUAAACGACCUUAUUGUUAAGGGAAUAGGCGAAUUAUCUGGUGAGGUUUAUAACACGUUUAAAAAUAAAAAGACAAAAAAUAGUAAUAACAACAACAGCAACAACAACAACAGCAAUAAUAAUAAUAAUAAUAAUAAUAAUAACAGUAGUAGCAGUAAUAAUUAUAGCAAUAAUGAUAACGGUAGUAAUUAUAAUAUCAAUACGAUAAACAGUAGUGAGGAGGAAGAGCAGAGUGAAGAUUUGGAGACGUCAAACGAAGUGUUGCGUGACGCAAAUAAUGUUUUUGAUGAUAUGAUAUCGCAGAAUAAGAAUAAGAUGACAUUAAUUACACCAUUAGUAGCUGGGUUAAAUUUUGAAAACAAUUUAGGUAAAUGGGUACGAGAUAUAGAUCAAACGAAUUCACAAGACAUAUCUGCAAACCAUACCGUAGCAGAUAUAAGUUCUUCCACUGCUACAACUACUGCUACGCAUCCAUCUGAAAGAAAGUUAAGCAAAAUCCAUCUUUUCAAAGAUCUAAGAACAAGUAAUAAUCAUCGUAGUCAUAGCAGUGACAAUAAUGAUAAUGUUAAUAACACUAACACUAAUUACAGCAAAAACAAAAACAAAAACAAAAACAAAAACAACGACAUUGAUGAUGAUGAUAGUAGACAAGUGAAAAACACGAAAAGAAACGGACAAAAUUCUAUUCUAGAAGAUACCCCAUUACCAUUUAGGAUCAAGACUGGCUUCCAAGAUUUGGAAUCGAGCAUUGAGACAUUAGAAGCACAUAAAAUGCAGUUGAUACGUAAGCUGACUCCGUUAUUGAUAGAUAGAGACUGGGAGACGGUUACUGAAUUGGAUGCCAAGGGACAGGAUUUGAAAGAUAUCACAAGUUUAGCGUUAUGUUUACCAUCACUAAUUAAAUGUGACUUAUCGAACAAUAAUAUCAAACUGUUUAAUAGUGGCAACAGCAUCCCUAAAAAUUUGAUAGAAUUGAACCUUUCCAAGAACUUAAUAAAUGACACCUAUAUAUAUAAUGAUAAUAAUAAUGAUAGUAAUGAUAGUAAUAAUAGUAAUAAUAGUAAUAAUGUGAAGAUAUUAAAUUUAUCAAAUAAUCAAUUCAAGACGGAUUUGUCAUGGUUAGGACAACACGGAUUUAUCAAUGUGCAAAAGUUGAACAUAAGUUCCAAUAGAAUCAGAUCCUUGAACGGAUUACCUAGCGGAUCGAUGAUAAAAAGAAUAGAUUUGAGCGAUAAUUGUAUCAGGGGGCCGAUAGACUUUGAGGAGUUAAUGGAGGAAGUUGGGGAGUAUGGAUGGCACGCCGUUGAGCAUUUAGAUUUGAGUAACAAUGAGAUCACCGAGGUAUAUAACUUGGAUAGAUUGAGGUCGUUAAGAAGUAUAAAUUUGAAUGGGAAUCCGUUAGUGUCUGUUAUAUUCCAUCAAGACAUGAAUAGUGGUGAGGGUGAGGGUGAGAGUGAGAGUGAGAGUGAAACUACAAGUACAUGUAUGAGUAAGGUAGAAAUAUUAAAGAUACGAUCUGAUAGACUUAAAAUAGUGGGUAAAUCGAGAACACAACAGUUUUUACCGUUACCAAGAUUGAAGGAAUUAGAGAUAAGAUGUUAUAAGAGGUUUCCUGAAAUGAAGUUUUUACCAACUGGGAUGGUGAAGUUGAGUAUACUUGGCGGGGAUGUGGAAGAUUUGAUAUCCUUGAGCAAGAUACCUGGUUCAUUACAGAAGUUAGAGAUAGUUGGUAUUGGUAGGAUGAGGGAGUUGCCUAGGGACCCAAGGAUGGAGAUUAGAUUGAUGUCUAUACAGGAAUUGAACUUAUCAUAUAACGAUUUGUCAAGUUGGGAGAAUUUAAUACAGUUUUUGCCGUAUAGUCAUUUGAAGAUUUUAAAACUGGAUGGAAACAAAAGGCUGUUGUAUGAGAACGGAAGAAUGAACAGAGAGAGACUAGAACCUGAAUUGAAAGGAAUGUUGAAAAGGGCUAUUCCAUGUUUAGAGUAUAUCAGUAUAUAG